AUGUGACGUCACAGACUGCUAGACCCUCUGUUUUUGGCGAGGGGAGUCACGAAGCGGAGGGCAUUCCUUAGCGCUCCAUCGGGCCACGCCCUUCACGCGCAGCCUUUUUAUAACUGUCGCGUCCUGGAGGGAAAGAGACGGCAUCCUUCUACCUCAGAACACUGAGCUGCGACCCACCAGUUACUUCCUGAGGACUAUUGAAAUUAUACGAUCAACUCAAACUAACGGAAGGUAAAUUAUAAAUGGAAAUGUAUCAAUCUGGUUAUUAUAUUGAGGACUUCAGAACACAGGAAGUCCCGGCUGGAUUUGACUUUGGAUCAUAUGACUUCAGUGGUGAAGACUUAUCUUUCCUAUCAGAUAGCAGUGGAUCAGGGCAACAGAUGUACACAGAGGCUUAUGGGGACCACCACAAAGAUAUUCAACUCUAUGGCUCCAAAGGGAGCCCCAGUGGCGCUGGGCUGUUCAACCUGGAUGCGUAUCAUGAGUUCAACGGCUGGGCGGUCUACGCCAACGGCGCUUCCGGCGUCGACGAGUCGCAAAUGGGGUUCCAGGAGUCGUCGCAGACGUACCAGGACCUGCUGCCGUCCUGUCCCCAGACUCAGAGCCGGCAGUUCAGCCCAGUGCCGGUGGACAACCUCAGCCCGCAGGGUGUGGCCUCCAACACUCUGGACCAGCUGGGUGAUGCUGAUCGCACCUACGUGCACCAAAACGGGAAGCUUUUUGAAAGCGGGGGCCAGAAUGUGACCCUGCCCUUCUGGUCCGACUACCCAUCUCCCGGAUACUGCCCGCCCAUUCAGAACCACCCGGUCUCCUGCUCCUCCUCACCUACCGCUCAGCCCUCUGACCAAUACUGCCCCCGUGUGGCCAAACGCAGGAGCGCACAUCCUCAGAAAUCGGAGACGGAGGGCGAGCACUCUGGAAUGUCGGCGUACACAGGCUCGGGGCCCAUCCAGCUGUGGCAGUUCCUGCUGGAGCUGCUCCUGGACUCCGCGUGCCGCUCCUUCAUCUGCUGGACGGGAGACGGCUGGGAAUUCAAGAUGUCCGACCCCACUGAGGUGGCCAAGCGGUGGGGGCAGUGCAAGAACAAGCCCAAGAUGAACUACGAGAAGCUGAGCCGCGGCCUGCGCUACUACUACCACAAGAACAUCAUCCACAAGACGGCGGGCAAGCGCUACGUCUACCGCUUCGUCUGCGACGUGCAGGGCAUGCUGGGUAAAACCGCGGGGGAGGUGCUGGCCAGCCUCAACGUUCUGCCCGCCGGCGCGGAGCCCCCGCCCCGGUACCUGCAGCCCCCCGCCCCAACGACGACCGCGACGACGGCGUCCGAAGACAAGGCGGACGGGUGGCUGUCGCAGUGAGCGGGAAAAAUUCGGCGGAACUCUGAUCCUCCGGGUCCCGUGAGCUGACGCGGUCCCUUCCGAGUCGAGCGGCCUCACGGAAAAAAACACCUCGCCGAGCCACAGCUGUAACCCCGUCGCGCUUCUUCCGGGUCUUUCCGAUCAGAGGGGGUGACUUUUCGACCGCGUGAAACCAGACCUGUGCCACCGCCGGCCGUCUGUGUUGCUGCGGACAAAAAAAAAAAAAAUAUUUGCGUCGGCCAAGCGGUUGCACGUCUGGACUCCAGUAACAGGUCAAUUCACCCGGUAUCAAUAAACCUUUAAACGUUUCUUGUACAGGUUUGGGAUUGAGGAGGACAUGAGAAUUUCUUCAAAAAAAAGGUGUUGUUCUGGUACUAAGGAGUAUGAAAGUCAGUUAGCACCAUUUUAGGUUUAAUUCAAGUCGAUCCUUCAAUUUUGGAACCACUCGUCUCUUGGUUUAUUGAAGUUGCAGAUUACCUGUGGUAUGACAGUGGUUUGUCAGACUCAUAAACCAACAUUUAACAUCUAAAAAUACCAAAUUAAUUCACCGGUGUUAUUAUUCAUGUUCUAUCAUACCAGCAUCUCAGUGAAGCCGCCCGGUUUAUACAGCUACAGGUGGAGGGUACCUAUAUUUUCUUGUCUUUACUGUCACUUACCUUUAAACUCUUAAAAAAAAAAAAACAACUGGGUGGUAUUUUUCUUGUGCUUACACAAGACGGUCCUGUUUAACUCUUGAUUUGUAUUUCCUUUACGUAUAGCUAAAUUGUGCAGGAAAGAAAUACCUGCGGGGUUUUUAGAGUACCUUAAUUGUCAGCGUCAAUGAUUUUUGUGAUCUACCUCUUCUCUGUGUGUCGACAGCGUUGCGCUGGAAUGUCCCACGCAACAGUAGCUCGCAAAUGUGUAGCACGACUUGUUCAACUUUCUAUGUGUCCAUUUAGAAGUAAUCUACCACCAUGCGUAGUCAAAACAUGUAAAUAAAUUGUAUAUAAUUGAAAAUAA